GGGCGGAACCUGGGGCGGGGCACCGCGGGCUUGCUUAGGUAGGAGGCGGUGAAGCGCCGGCGGUGGCCGGAAGUAGCCGAAGCAAGCGGCGGAAGUAGCCGAAGCGGCCGGAGCGGGCGAGCGGCAAGGCGAGGCGAGAGCUGCACAGGGCCCUGCGCGGCCGCCUCAGCAUGUCGGACUUCGACGAGUUCGAGCGGCAGCUCAACGAGAAUAAACAAGAGCGGGACAAGGAGAACCGGCAUCGGAAGCGCAGCCACAGCCGCUCGAGAAGCCGUGACCGCAAGCGCCGGAGCCGGAGCCGUGACCGCCGCAACCGGGACCAGCGGAGUGCCUCCCGGGACCGGCGACGGCGAAGCAAACCUUUGACCAGAGGCGCUAAAGAGGAGCACGGUGGAUUGAUUCGUUCCCCCCGCCAUGAGAAGAAGAAGAAGGUUCGCAAAUACUGGGACGUGCCUCCCCCCGGCUUCGAGCACAUCACCCCCAUGCAGUACAAGGCCAUGCAAGCUGCGGGUCAGAUUCCGGCCACUGCUCUCCUACCCACCAUGACCCCUGAUGGCCUGGCUGUGACCCCGACACCGGUGCCCGUGGUCGGCAGCCAGAUGACCAGACAGGCCCGGCGCCUCUACGUGGGCAAUAUCCCCUUUGGCAUCACUGAGGAGGCCAUGAUGGACUUCUUCAACGCCCAGAUGCGCCUUGGGGGGCUGACUCAAGCUCCUGGCAACCCGGUCUUAGCUGUGCAGAUCAACCAGGACAAGAAUUUUGCCUUUUUGGAGUUCCGCUCAGUGGACGAGACCACCCAGGCCAUGGCCUUUGACGGCAUCAUCUUCCAGGGCCAGUCACUGAAGAUCCGCAGACCUCAUGACUACCAGCCACUGCCGGGCAUGUCGGAGAAUCCCUCCGUCUAUGUGCCUGGAGUUGUGUCCACUGUGGUCCCCGACUCUGCUCACAAGCUCUUUAUUGGGGGCUUACCAAACUACCUGAAUGAUGACCAGGUGAAGGAGCUGCUGACCUCGUUUGGGCCUCUCAAGGCCUUCAACCUGGUCAAAGACAGUGCCACGGGGCUCUCUAAGGGCUAUGCCUUCUGUGAGUACGUGGACAUCAACGUCACGGACCAGGCCAUUGCAGGGCUGAAUGGGAUGCAGCUGGGGGACAAGAAACUGCUCGUCCAGCGGGCGAGUGUGGGCGCCAAGAAUGCCACGCUGAGCACGAUCAACCAAACGCCGGUGACCCUGCAAGUGCCAGGGCUCAUGAGCUCCCAGGUGCAGAUGGGCGGCCACCCGACUGAGGUGCUGUGCCUCAUGAACAUGGUGCUGCCCGAGGAGCUGCUGGAUGACGAGGAGUACGAGGAGAUCGUGGAGGAUGUGCGCGACGAGUGCAGCAAGUAUGGGCUCGUCAAGUCCAUUGAGAUCCCCCGACCCGUGGAUGGCGUUGAGGUGCCUGGCUGUGGAAAGAUCUUUGUGGAGUUCACCUCCGUGUUCGACUGCCAGAAAGCCAUGCAGGGCCUGACGGGCCGCAAGUUCGCCAACAGAGUGGUUGUCACAAAAUACUGUGACCCCGACUCUUACCACCGCCGGGACUUCUGGUAGAGGCGGCCGGGGGAAGGCGGGGGCAGGGCUUGUGGGGGACUUCUCCCCUCCCGCCCCCUUCUUUUCCCCUUCUGAAGACGAUGGGCAGAGGAGUGACAGCCGAGUGACAGCCGGCAGCAACUGGAAUGGAAGCGAUUGGGGUGGGGUGGGGGCGGGGGGAUGGGGAAGUGUACACACGUGCCCAGUGCCCACAGACAUAUGCGCCCACAGAAACAGAGGGCAGGAUCGGGAUGGGGACAGGCGCACACAGGGUGGGUUAGGACCCCCAUGCCCCUCCCCACACAGCCUCUCUUCCUCCCUUGUACCUUCCUCUCCUCUUCCCCAUAGUAGGAACAUAGCGUGUUUAUAUUUUAUGGCCAAACUUUUGAAUUUUGUUGUCCGGUCCCCAGUCCCUAGCUCCUUUCCCUGUCCAGGACCACAGCUCCUGUUCUCUUGGCCUCUGGCCCUUUCUGGUCCCUCCCUUGGUUUCUUACGUAGUUGAUCCUCUUUUAGUCUUCACCGGAACUGCUCCCAACCUGUGGCCCCUGUCCCCCUCCUACUCUCUGUGGCAGUUUCAUAUUUGCUAAGACGAAUUUGCUCAUUAAACAUUUUGUUGUAUUUUACUUUA